AUGGAGCAGGAUGUGGAGAGCCCGGCCAUCAUCAGACAGCCCAAGUUGCCAAAGCAGGCCCGCGAGGAUCUGCCCAAACAGCUGGAAGAAAUGGACAGAACCAGGAAGAUCCAGCGGUACGUCCAGAAAGACGGCAAGUGCAACGUCCACCACGGGAAUGUCCGGGAGACUUACCGCUACCUGACAGACAUUUUCACCACGCUGGUCGACCUCAAGUGGAGGUUCAACCUCUUCAUCUUCGUCUUGGUGUACACGGUGACGUGGCUCUUCUUCGGCUUCAUGUGGUGGCUUAUUGCUUACCUCCGGGGCGAUCUGGACCAUUUAGCAGACAACCAGUGGACUCCGUGCGUCAAUAACCUCAAUGGGUUCGUAUCGGCCUUCCUGUUCUCCAUCGAGACAGAGACCACCAUCGGUUAUGGAUACAGAGUCAUCACGGACAAAUGCCCCGAGGGGAUACUCCUGCUUUUAGUUCAGUCGGUGCUGGGAUCUAUCGUAAACGCCUUCAUGGUGGGAUGCAUGUUCGUUAAGAUCUCGCAGCCCAAGAAGCGAGCCGAAACGCUCGUGUUUUCCACCAAUGCCGUCAUCUCCAUGAGAGACGGACGGCUGUGCCUGAUGUUCAGAGUCGGAGACCUGCGAAACUCGCACAUCGUGGAGGCUUCGAUCAGGGCCAAGCUCAUCAAGUCUAAGCAGACCAAGGAGGGAGAGUUCAUCCCUUUGAACCAGACGGACAUAAACGUGGGUUACAACACGGGAGACGACAGGCUCUUCCUCGUGUCGCCGCUCAUCAUCUGCCACGAGAUAAAUCAGAACAGCCCCUUCUGGGACAUCUCACAAGCCCACCUGGCCAAGGAGGAGCUGGAGAUUGUUGUGAUUCUGGAGGGGAUGGUGGAGGCCACAGGCAUGACGUGCCAGGCGAGGAGUUCCUACGUCAGCAGUGAGAUCAAGUGGGGCUACCGCUUCACACCGGUCCUGACGCUGGAGGACGGCUUCUACGAGGUGGACUACAACAGCUUCCACGACAUCUACGAAACCAACACCCCUCCCUACAGUGCCAAAGAGACCGAUGAGCACAGUAGACCAAGUAUCCCUGCACCAGAACCACUUCUUCUCAGUGAUCCACAGUUACCCCAAAAACAACCGACACGUCGACAUGUGGCCCACCGCUGAACUGAAAACCCUCUGCGGCAAGUGCAUGUUCCAGAUCUGAUGUGAUGUCCUCCUGAUGAGAUCCUCUUAUUUUUUCUAUUAAGAUAUUCCUAGGGGCAUUUGCAGAAGUAUUUUUGUACAUACUAUAAAACGUUUUGAAUUCUUUGUUUUGUUGCAGUGUGAAUAUUUGACAGAUGUUUGAUACUAAUACCUUUAGGUUAGUUCUGUAUAUAUUCUAUGCCUUACUGUACGUAUAAAGCUUUCAUUAUUUGUUUUUCAGAAAUAUCUCAGCAUGUAGAAACUUUAUCUGCAGUUCAUUUAUCUUGUAUUG